UUUUCUACUACUUUUCCAUGACCCCAGAUUUCUUUCCUUCUCAAGCCUCAAACCCAUCUUUUUAAUUCUGUAUCAUGCCUUCCCAAUGCUCGUUUCCUCUUUCAUUCAGUCUUUGUCUGUGUGUUAAUUUUGGAUAGAGAAGCUCCUUUCCCGAAAUCGGUGUAGAAUUGAGCAAAGGGGAAGACGAAGAAGAAACCCUAGGCAGCAACUAUUCGUAACAUAAGGAAGGGGGUGUUUUAAAUCCGUUUUCUUUCUCUGAUUAUAUAUAAUUCAAAUUUGGGAGAUUGUUCGGUACUCUGCUCUGAGAGACAAUGGAAAGCAUACCGCACCCAAUACCGAGAACAGUAGAGGAGGUUUUCAGCGACUUCAAGGGAAGAAGAGCUGGACUGAUUAAGGCCCUCACUACUGAUGUUGAAAAGUUCUACCAGCAGUGCGAUCCUGAGAAAGAGAACUUGUGUCUAUAUGGAUUACCAAAUGAAACAUGGGAAGUGAAUUUGCCUGUUGAGGAAGUACCUCCUGAACUUCCUGAGCCAGCAUUAGGUAUAAACUUUGCGAGGGAUGGGAUGCAAGAGAAGGAUUGGUUGUCACUGGUUGCAGUUCACAGUGAUUCUUGGCUGCUUGCUGUGUCUUUCUAUUUUGGUGCUCGUUUUGGAUUUGGUAAGAAUGAAAGGAAAAGGCUUUUUCAGAUGAUAAAUGAUCUCCCAACCAUAUUUGAAGUUGUGACAGGAAGCGCCAAGCAAUCAAAGGAUCAGUCAGCUGCUAACAAUAAUGGUAGCAAAAGCAAGUCAAGCGGGAAGGUGUCAUCCCAAUCUGACUCUCAGGCCAAGGGAGUGAAGAUGUCUCCCCCUCCCAAAGAAGAGGAUGAGAGUGGAGAAGAAGAAGAAGAAGAUGACGAACAGGGGGCAACGUGUGGAGCAUGCGGUGAUAAUUAUGGCACUGAUGAGUUCUGGAUCUGUUGCGAUAUAUGUGAGAGAUGGUUCCAUGGCAAAUGUGUGAAAAUCACCCCUGCUAAAGCUGAGCACAUCAAGCAAUACAAGUGCCCUAGCUGCAGUAACAAGAGGGCUAGAGUUUAGAAGCUCUGGAGGAUCUCAAACCAAACAGGACAGACAAGCAGGUCAUUGAGGAAAACUUCAUGGCAGUGGCUUCAGUUGAGUAAAGCUUCAAUGGUGGUUAUUGUUGCACUAGGCUAGUCUGAAGAAAUAUUUCUUAGUUUCAUCACUUUUAUUUUCGAGUAGAUGUUUCAACUUUGUUAUCCCCUCCCCGAUUUGAUGUCUGGGUUCUGGAUUUUUGGUUAAUAGUGGAAAUUUAGUGAAGUUCUGUGUAGAAUACACUUCAUAUUGAUGUCUGAUCGUCGUGAAAUUCUCUUCCUUUAUAAAACUUUUGAUGGUGUUGUA